AUGCCCAAGGGAAACAACGAAGAGGAACAACUGGAACAACCUACAGAGCUGCAGCGCCUGUGCAGCCAAGAUGAAGCGUUCAAGCCUCUCCACCCAUUUCUCAAGACCUACCGCAGCGCUGACGUUGCCUUUGCUGAUCCGGAGUCACUUGCUGAUCCGUUUUCACCACGCCCGCAUUUGCACGAUGUGGCUUUGCGGUUCUUCCAGCUCUACUGCUCAGAGCACGACGAGAUUGCCGACUUGGACAAGGAUCGAAAGCAAGCACUGUCACCAACGAACACUGUGCCGCGGUGGAAUACGCUCGACGUCUCAGCCCGCUACAUAUCAUCCAAGAUCAACCUUCGCGGGGAGAAGCAAAUCUCUUCUCUCAAGGAUGACAUCGUGGACUGGCUGCAGGACAUCCCCGACAAGAGCGUCAGAACACUUGUCCAGCACUGCCAGCUCGUGGACAUCUGCAGCACAUCCAUGGCCUCCGUCGACAACAAGGACCAGUUUGCGCAGUUGUGCAACGAUGGGCUGCUCAGCAAAGUGCUCUUCAUAUCGGUCCACUUCCGUCGCGAUGCUGCGGUCCUGGACAUGUUUGGCGAACGCGAUGCGGAGGAAUUAAUCCUAGCGCAGAACUUUGGUUCUUGCUAG